ACGAGUUUUCCCGGGAUUUUUGGGACCGGGGCCUGUGUGAGGUAAACAGUUAGCAUUCUAGCUAGCGAUAGAAAAAAUGUUUAUAUUACAUGUGUGUAGUUGUGUUUCACUUAAUAUGAGGUAGAGUCCAGCCAGUGUGUGAAAUAUAAUUAUUUUGAUCUCUAGUUUACUAAAAUAUUUAAUUAGCGUUUGUCUUGAGCUGAGCAUAGCAUAGCAUAGCAUAGCAAGCUAGCCUGCUAAUCAUAUUUAUAACCCGUCUGCGUGUAUAAGCGGCGCUCCGCGAGACAUGGACUGAGGUACAGAGGCUCAGGUGAACUGGGUUCAAGUAUUAUAAGACCAGUGAGAGAGAGAGUGAGAAAUCUGCAUGCAAAGAGAGCAUAGCAGAGUGAUGCCACCUGUAUCAGAGGAAGACCUGGAGUUGGGGCAGGAUGGCAAACUAAAACGGGUUGAUUGCUUGUGUCCCAUCUGCCUGGAGAUUUUCCUGGAGCCGGUCACACUGCCAUGCACUCAUACGUUCUGUAAACCAUGCUUCCUGGAGACGGUGGACAAGGCCAACAUAUGCUGCCCUCUUUGCCGAAAACGCGUCUCUACUUGGGCUAGACUUAACGGCAGGAACAAGACCUUAGUGAACGCAGAGCUGUGGCGGCGUAUACAGGACGCUUUCCCCACACAGUGUCAGCGGCGAUUAAAUGGAGUUGAUGAGGAGGAGGAUAUGAACGUGUUUAUACAAAAACCCAGAGUCAGUCAGCCAGGUGAGCUCAGGCGUGAGUAUGAAGAGGAGAUUAACAAGUUUGUAGAAGAGAAGCGAGCUCUGGAGGAGGCAGAGCGGAGGGCCAGUGAGGAAUACAUCCAGCGCCUCCUGGCAGAAGAAGAGGAUCGAUUGGAAGAGGAAAAACGGAAGCAGGAAGAGAGACAGCUAGAGAAUGAUGAAAGACUGGCGAGAUUGCUCAGUGAAGAACUGAACUCGAGUCCAGUUUUGGAAACUCAGAGGAAUAGUAAAGUCAAUGAUGCUACUAAGAAAAAGAAAUCCAAUAUGGGACAUAUUGAGAAAUAUCUGUGCCAAGUGCCUUAUACACCACCACACGGUGAGACCAAACAAUCCUCCUCUCUUUUGGACAAUAAGGAGAAUAUUCUGAACACUCCAAGCUCUACAGAUACCUCAAUUGUUGAAAUGGAAAUCUCAAAUUUCAGUAGUAAACCAUCUACAUCGAGCUCAGAUUCAGACUUUAGUACACAACUCUUUGAGACUCCUUGCAGAACCAGCAUCUGUUCUAAAAGGAAAAGUGGACAUAGUGAACAAGCGGAACCUGACAGUUGUAAGAAGCCUUGUAACUCUCCACUGCCUGUGUCGCCUCCUUGUGGAUCUAUUUUCCUGCAGGAGCUGGCUGAGCAGGAGGAGGUUUUGAGGAGCCGGAUGCUACAGGAGGAGGAGGACAGAAGGCUGGCAUUGCGCCUGCAAAAGGAACUGAACCAAGAGAAUGCUGUGGACCGCAGAAAAGGCUCCGCUGAUGGGUAUUUACUGAGGGAGAAAAGCAGCCCUUCAUCCAACAGCAGUACGAGCCCAGGCGAGGAGAGCAAGACAGAAAAAGACACUAUUCCACAUUCCUCAAGACAGAAUGUGGAUGGACAUAAAUCUGGGAAGAAAGCCAGCAGCCAGGUCGAAUCUAAAACAUUUAGGAAAAACUCCAAACAAGUGUCUUCUUCAGCUUCGUCAGCGCAGAACGGCAGAAGGCAGACCACCAUUACUCAAAUGUUCUCCAACCUUGGCAGCUGAGCCAUCUUUCUGAACGUCAGUCUUUUCAUUGUUCUUUCAUUCUUGAAGACAUUUUGCAUACCUUCAUCCCUGUCUCUUGUUCAGGGAUUUUGCUGUUUUUUUUUUUUGAAGGAACAGGGCUAGGUUCAAGGUUGUGUAAAAUACACAAGGAUCUGUUUCAUGUUUCAUCUGUUUAUGUGAAACUUGAACUUUCAGGGGCAAAAGUUGACAUGUUAAGUGCUAAAAAUCUUAAUUGCUGCAAAAAAUAUUUUUAUGCAUGUUAGUUUUUCUGUAGAUAAUCCGAGUUCAUUUAUUUUUAUGGAAUAAAAUAGUUGGGGAAAUGA